AUGCCAGUGUGUAGGUCUGUCAUUGACUACCUUGUUGGUUUUGUACUUGCAUUAGAAAAGAAAAGGUUUCGUACUUGUUGGCAAGCAUACCAUAAAUUGCGGUAUAUUAGUAUGCAAAUUAUUUGCAUUAUUACUGACUACCAUGCUGGUUUCGUACUGGCAGUGGAAAAGGUUUUAUACUUAUUGAAUGACAAAAGCUCGAAUCAAAUAAAUCAUUUUUGGGAUCUGCAAGUUAAGAGACAUAAUGUUAAAAUGGAGAUUAAGUUACUUGAAGCAAAGAACAAGUUACUUAUGAAAGAGCAA